AAAACGAUCAAAACCGAGAGCAACCUUCAAGAAGUGUACGUUUACGCUUGGAAACGUGCAUGACGUCACGAACGGUGACUAAAGUAUUAAUGAAUAUUAAUGCUGCCAUCCGAUCGAAAGUGCAGUUUUACCAUUGUCGCCAAUACAAGGAAAACCUUGUUCCCUAAUUCUCUUAUUCCGUCAUUAUGCUAUAGUGACACCAUUAUUUAAAAGAUUUAACAAAGUUCAACAAAAAGUAAACAGUUUGUGUACACGUGAAACGUAAACAUGCCUUUUAAAAAUGACUUGCUGUUACUGUUAAAGCCAUAUUACUUUGUUAAUAUUUUAUUGAGUUUGUCAUAUCUUGCAGCUAAAAAACUGCCAGUUUUAUGUUACAUUUUAUUUGAAACUGCAUCGCCACAAUGUGAAUUGGACACUAGAGAGUCUGAAAUACUCUUCUUCCUUCUAAUAGUUGUCGUGAUCAGAACAAAGAAAGCAGGAAGUGUGACAAUGAUAAAUUAUUUAACAUCAAGCUUCAUGUACAAUAAAGUUGCAAAUCUUAUACUCUGGUUUUAUGCCGACGUACGGUUGGGAAUUGUAUAUGGAAUUCUCUUUGUAUUGCUGGGAAUGUUAUUGCCUGAACCAACAUACUCAGGUCCAGAGAAUGUCGUGUAUUUCCGAACAGCUGCAGGGUUAGAGGAAGAACUACAAAGGGAUAAAAAGAUUACUUGGCUUGUUGUGUUCUAUACAGUGUGGAAUCCAUCAUGUACCAACUUUGCCCCAAUAUUUGCACAAAUUUCAGCACAGUAUGUUCUAGAAAACCUGAAAUUUGGAAAGAUUGAUGUGGGUCGCUACCCUGAUGCAGCCAAGAAGUAUAAUAUUAAUGAUUCAUCCAUGAGUCGUCAGCUACCAACAGUGAUACUGUUCAAGAAUGGUAAAGAAGUAACUAGAAGACCAGCUGCAGAUAACAGAGGGAAACUUAUCAAAUUCUUCUUUUCUGAGGAUAACAUGAAAGCAUCAUUUGAUUUGAACCAUUUGUAUAAUGAAUGUAAGGCUAAUCUAUUAAAAAAGAAGAAAGGUGCUACUGAGAACAAGAUAGAAGACCAGAAUAGUCAUAUUAAAUCAGAAUAGAGUUAGAAAUUAUUUCACUAGUCAUAAUUUAGAAACACAACAGACAUUGAGUGAGAUUAUAAUUCCAUGAUGUAAAGAACUUGAAAUGUGUGAAUGCAUGCCUCAUGUUACACUCAGUGCCAUAGUGACACCUGCCAUUAAACAUACUGAGGUGAGCUUUGAAUUCACUUAGAAGUAUUUUAGUUAAGUAUUUUCUUGUGUAAUGCAUGCAUUUGUAAGCAAUUUUUUUGAAACUUAUAAAACACUGAUGUGUAAAUUACAGACAUAUGAAAGAUAGUAUAAUAUCUGUUAUAUGCAUUAGCUUUUUAGACACACUGUAUGUUGUACAGAGGAUUAUAAUUUUAUUUUAGAAGUAUAUAAAACAUAUUUACAGUAAUAUGUACAGAUGCAUUCUCUGUCUGUGCUUUUUCAGUGUCCAAGCUGCGGGACCUGUUAGCAGUUUUAGUAAAUUGGGCUGUUUAAGCAUAAAAUGCAAGGCCUGGUGAAAUAAUAAAAGUGUAACAAUACUGUCACGAGUAGUGACUAUGAAGGCUACUGUAGUCUAAAAUGUGACAGGUGUAAUUCAAUAGGUAGGUACCAGUGUUUCAGUGAAACAUGCUGCCUCUGUCUUUGGGGAAAAGGAAUCUUGUACCCUAAAACUGGAGGCACCAAGUUUCUUGGAAAGCUUGGUAUCUAAUGCACUAAACUACACAGCAUCAUACCCAACAAUACAGUAGUCUGGAUGGUCAGUUCAGUUCCUGCCAGGACUGAUGAGACUGCUCUCUUCUCUUU